CUCACUAGCACUACUAUACAAUUGAGAAAGAGCGAAACUACUAGUGAGAAAUUGUAUCUACGGGAAAAGAGCUUGUUAAGACAAAUUUUCAACGAAUGUAUAUAAUAUAAUUUUUUUCACGUAGUUUAUCCACAUUUUCAAUAUUGAAUUCGAUAGUGAAAUCCACUUUGUUUUGACAAUAAUUUGUUCUUUUUUUUUUAAGUUCCGUUAUAUAUAUUUCGUAAAAUUUUCUGUUACAAUACGAUACUUGUGAAAAGUGAUUGUUUUAAUUUAAAAACAAAGCGGGGAGCGACGUCACGUUGUUGUGCGGAUGUUUAUUGCUUAAUUCUAGUGUAUUUCCUACAUUAUAGCAGACUAAAAUUAUCUAACGAGAUGAAAUAGUAAGGAAAAGUGUCCGUGAAGCUUACCGGAAAGGAACAACUGUGACUGUCAUGCAAAUAUAAGCAAUGCGCUAAUAGCGUCGACAAACUCGCGGUGAAUGUUUAAGUUUAAGUUUACUUACAUCAACACGUACAACAUAGUGCUAGCGAACGCUGUCAAUUAUGUCUAUUUGUGUAUAAUGGAUAAAUCAAAUUAAUUUACUUAAAUUUUGAUUAAAGAUUAUUAAAUUAAUUGAUUGCAAGUAGAACUAACAUCUUACAAACAUUUAUUAAUCAAUAAGAUUACAAAUAAAAAAAACAAUUCAAAACGAUAGUACGUUGCAACAGACACAGAAAAGAUACAAAAUAUCGUAAUGUGUUUGUUUAUAAUCAGCUUGUUUUCUUUCUACACAUAUAUUUUGAAAUCUGACAAAGAGUUGUACAUUCCGACUUAUUCAAAAUAGAAAUUAGAUAGAAUUUGAAAAGUGAAGAAGAGAGUUUUUCCAAUAUGUUUCUUUUUUCUUAUUCUUUUAAACGAUUUUAGUCAACUGUUUUGGAAACGAAAUAUACUUGAAAAAUUACUUAGAACUUAAUAUUCAAGUCGUGUUCAAUCGUCUAUAACGUAUGACAUAUAAGUAUACUGACCUCAAAUUGUUAAUCAAUCACUUUUUCGAUUUUCGUAAUAAUAAGAAUUUCGUGAUACUGUUCUGUAUUUUUUUUUCAGAAUUCAAUAAGCAACGAGCAGGGAAACGGUAAAACAAGAAGAAUCGGGUCACAGCCAUGAAGUCCAUGUUCGCACUGCAAAGGUUUAAAAAAUGCAUCAUCUUAUUUAUGACGGGUAUUAUAUGCAGUAUCUUGACUUAUGUGAUUUAUACUGUCAAUCCUGUGAACACGAUAACACAAUACCAUCUACAAAUAACACCGCACACGUUUCUCUUUUCGAUGUGGAAGAAACCACCUCUUGAUGUUUUCUUAAGUGUGUAUGUAUUUAACAUUACUAAUCCAGUAGAAUUUCUCAGCGGCAAGGAGAAGCUCAAGGUUCAAGAGCUUGGACCAUAUGUUUAUCAAGAAUAUCUUGAAAAUCACAAUGUCACAUUUAAUGACAAUGAUACCAUGACUUACAUUCCAAAAAGAACAAUAAUUUACGUGCCCGAAAAAUCAGUCAGGAAUCCUGCAGAAGACUUGAUCACUGUUCCAAACAUAGCUUAUCUGGGUGCUUCGUCUGCUUUACACAACGCGGGAUUUUUGGUGAAUUAUCCCUUAACGCAAUUGGCAACUAUGAUAGGUGCCAAACCGAUCCUUAAUAUGUCUGUACAUGAAUAUCUAUGGGGUUAUGAGGAUAAAUUGGUGUCAUUGGCUAGUAACAUCGUACCAAGCUUCAUUAACUUUCAAAAGUUUGGUCUUCUCGACAGAAUGUAUGACGAAGGGGAGAAUAUCGUAACGAUAAAUCUCCGCAAGAAUGAUAACAUGCUAGAAGAGAAAGGACGGUAUCUCAGCAUCGACAAGUUCAACGGUAGUCCUGGAUUGUCGCAAUGGGGAUACGUCAAUACAAGAGACAACGAGACACGGAAAGAAAAUACUGCAUGCAACACAAUUCAAGGCGCUACGGAAGGCAUUAUAUUUCCGUCAUACAUGGACAAGCGUGCUGUUUUUAAAGUCUAUCGAAAAGCGUUUUGCCGAGCAUUGCCAAUUGUCUUUAAAAAGGAAGUUGUGACCGUGCAAGGUCUGCCGGGAUAUCUUUACGUUCUCAAAGACGGUUUUGCCGAUCCGCCCGAUCAAAAUCCAGAGAAUGAAUGCUAUUGUCUUAACAAAAAAAAGUGUUUGAAAAAAGGACUAAUGGAUUUAACACCAUGUUACUACAAUAUCCCGGCAGCAGUAUCGCUUCCACACUUUCUUGAUGCCGAUCCGACUUUAUUAGAAAAUAUAGAAGGUCUCGAACCGAACCGAGAGAAGCAUGAUUCCUACGUAAUACUGCAGCCAACACUCGGCGUACCUAUACAAGGACGUUCAAGAGUGCAAACAAAUCUUAUACUACAACAUACACGCUAUAAUCCAGACAUCACUGCUUUUAACAAUUUAACAGUACCUUUAAUGUGGACCGAAAUGAUAAUACCGUCGUUACCGCUGUAUCUAAAGAUUGGAGUGCAACUCGUAUUGCAAGUGUUUCCGGUUGUACAAGCAGUGUUGAUGUAUUUGCUUGGCGUAGCCGGAGUAACAACAAUAAUUCUAUCGCUGAUAGUUUUUCUGCGGAUUCUCACGCAACAACAGAAAAAGAAGCAAGAAAUGAUUAAAACUAUUGACAAUUCCGAUUUAAACAUACCGUUAUGUAACGGUCAAUAUAGUUCGAUCAAUAUUUUUCCGACGUUGAAGAAAAUCACAUCUAAGACGGAUUUAUUUAGUUAAUUAUUAAGUCGACAUGAGACAAAGUGUUAAAUUGUUUGAGAACUCACUUAUAUCGAUAUAUUAAUACAUAAAUAAUGUUUAGUAGGAAAAAAACUGAGAAAACUUUUGUGAUCAUCACUUUGUGAAUUGCAUCAUCGCAACGAUAAAAGAUCGCAAGAGAUAAUCUUUAAAAGAUAUAUCUUACAUGAUAUAUAUGUUACAUAUAUGUACUCGUACAUGUAAGUUACGUGUUUUUAAAAUUAUGAAAAAUGUAGACACAUCCUUGAAUAUCCUACUAAAAAAAAAGUUUUGAUUAUAAAUAUAUUAUAGAGUUUUAGAAUA